AUGACGCAGAUACUGAAGGCGCAACUGCUAGAAAUCACCGACCUGUGGCGUACCGACAAACUGCUCUCGCAGAGUUAUACGGCAUUCCUGAUCACUGCGUUAGCGAUCGUCGUCAAUGAUGGUGGCGCGACGGUACAAAGUAAAAACGAAACGGACCAACUAGCCGAGGAGGCGAAGACUAAAUCUGUGGCCAUCUUAGAUGGCGCAAAGUAUGUAAACUCACCUCAAACAAACCGACUGCCUCAUGGAAAUUACACAAAUAAACCAGAACCGAGGCCACCUAGGAAACCACCAAUUAAACAAUCUCUUGAUAAACAGCCAAUUAAGCUCGAAAUACCGCCGGCUAAAAAACUCGAAUUGCCCCAACAGUACUACAAGCAAUUACCUAAAGUACUCCCACAAAAUCCUUUUCAACUAUCCCCACACAAACUGCACCCCUCGACGAACUCAGUUUUCCGAUUCCCUCGUGUCAUACCGCUGCCACCUGGACAACAUUACUACUCCAAUCUAUCGAGGACAUCGCUUGUUUUUGCCGCCUCGACAGGCCAACCGUACGUAGCUAAAAGCCCGAAAUUCAGUUUACCGGUUCAGACGAUUAACGGUAUCCGAACAGACUUUGUCAGACCACCAAAGAUAAUUAACAGCACAACAACCACGACAGUAGCCCCGACAACGACCACGCGGGUGCUAAGAACUAAAAGAAUAUGGCCGAAAAGAAUACUAGAAAAGAUGAACGCUACCGCCCUUAACGCUACCGCGACAUCAAACAAAACUGAAACGAACACAAAUAGCAACAUUACAACAAAUACAUGGUCUAUUGACCACGAGACAUCAGCAACUACAAAUGUUCGGAUCAAGUUUGCAACGGUCAACAAUGACACCAAAACUACAACAGCCUUACCGACGAAUCGAGGCAACCGGCGGUUCACGAGGGCACCUAGACAAAAGCCGACCACACAACCAACAAACUUUGAAGUGACGACAAAUGACUGGGUGCCAAUCAUACCAACACACUAUCCAAUGUUCAGAUACAAGGCCCAAACUCCAAUCGGCAAGCGAUCAGACGUCAUUUAUACAAAACAGAAACAACAAAUCGCCACGCCGAGAAAACAGACGCUUUUCGUCCACUCGUACGGACUAGUCCCGGUAACAGAAACAACACAAAAUCAACCACCAACAAUGCAGGGAAAGAAAAUGGUGUUCUUCAAGAGAAAGCGCCAACUCAACCCGUAUCUGUAUUCUGCUUACAGCUCGAGAGGGUUGCAAGUGCCACCGCAGUUUUUUAUCGCCGACCUGCAGACGGAUACCAGCCACUACCAACCGAAAUUUGUUACCAAAAUAAAGCAUCAUCAUCACCAUCAUCACCACAGAUACGUUAAGACCGUAGAAAAACCCGUCAAAGUUCCGUACAAGGUCGAAGUGCCGCAACCCUAUCCGGUCGAGAAGAAAGUACCGGUCCCCGUACCAAUUGAAACGGUGAAAAUUUUGGAUCGGCCAUUUCCGGUGACGGUUGAGAAGAAGAUACCCUAUCCAGUACCGAUUAAAGUACCGCAUCCAAUACCUGUUAAGGUUGUCGAGAGGGAAUAUGUACCCAAGCCUUAUCCGAUUAUUCAUCACGUGCCAGUUGUAAAGCAUGUUGAAGUACCAAAACCGUAUCCCGUAGAGAAGAAAGUGCCGUAUCCGGUCAAAGUGCCGGUGCCCGUUGACAGGCCCGUCGCCGUGCCGGUUGAGAAGAAAGUGCCGUAUCCAGUGCCCGUGAGGGUGCUAGUACCUCAGCCCUAUCCCGUGGAACGCAAAGUACCUUACCCCGUGGAAGUGAAGGUGAAGGAACCGGUUGAGGUAAUCAAGCACGUUGCUGUGAGGGUGCCUUAUCCGCAGCCGUAUCCCGUGAAGGUGCCGCACCCAGUGCCCGUAACGGUCGAGAAGAAAGUCCCGUACCCCGUGGAAGUUGAGAAGGAAGUUCCGGUGCCCGUGGAGGUUUUAGUGCCUCAGAAGGUGGAGGUCGAGAAACGGAUCCCGGUAUACGUCCCGAAGCCUUAUCCAGUCGAGAAAAAGGUCCCCUACCCAGUGAAGGUCCCGUAUCCGGUGAAAGUGCCUGUUAGAGUGCCCGUGAAAGUGCCCAUUGAAAUACCAGUUUACAUACACCACCCGUUCAUUUAUACCGAAGAUAAAUAUGUCAGCAGUGACGACCGCAGCGAUUCUUCGAGAUCAGAUGAGGUACCUACUACCGCCCCGCAGCAUACUGUCACCGUGCACGGAAAUACCGGCUUCACUGGCUUCCAGACACGAUCUGAUAAUCCCGAAAAAACCUCGUCCACGGAAACACCU